AUGAGCUCAGCUCUAGAUCUUGAUGGCUCUUCCAAGGGCACCGUGCUCAACGGCCCUUGCGACUGGAAACAAUGGAUUUCUAUCAUCAAGAAAUUCGCCACGUCCCACAGUCUUUGGGACUUUCUGGACCCUGCCGUCAAGGAGGGUAAGCCGGUUCUUCAGCAGCCAGUUGAACCAACAUUCCGACAAAUCAACCACGAAGCAUCUGAUCUCGUGGAUCUGACCUCGGAGGAAUUUCGCCGUCUCGAAUUCCUCCACACCCAAUACCGCUCGAAGCUUCAAGGGUAUAGGGAUCAAGUGAAGGCACUCGCCAGCCUUCAACAACACAUCGUCAAGACCAUCGGCAACUACUACAGCACCAUUGCCGAGGAACACGACGUUGCAAAGCAACUUGCCUUGCUUCAGGCUCGUGUGGCCCCAACCGACUGGGCACUCGAGAGGGAAGUUGUUCAGCGUUAUCGUUCCACCCUUCAGUCGCCAAACAGGACCAAGAUCGAAGCUUGGGUCACCCAAUGGCAGAAAGUCCUCACUGAGGCAAAGCAAUUAGGGCUUCCUGAUGUCCAGGACCUUCGCCCUACCCAAGAUUUCCUACAGGCUGUUUCGUCCAUCAACGCCCCAUUCACAGACUAUUGGGUCAACAAAAUGGAAGACGAGGCCGUAUUCGGCAAGCCUGAUUGGAAGACGGACUUCCCGGACGGCAUUAAGAUCAGUGAGAUCUUUGAACGAGCUCACCGAAUCAAGGCCGCCAACAACAGCAAAGGAUCAUUCGGAGCUGCCUUCCAAGGCAAGGGAGAGAAAUCGGAGAGGAAAGAGGACAAGCCUAAGUGGUCUUCAAGCAAGAACGCUGAUGGUGUUCCUAUGUGUGUCUGCGGAGAAUAUCACCGCUUCGUAGAUUGCUUCUAUCUCAUCAAAUCAGCUCGGCCUGAUGGCUGGACUCCUGAUCAGAAGGUUGAGAAGAAGAUCAAGAAAUCCUCGACUCAAUCCAUGGGCAAAGAAGAUGACGGAGAAAGCACAAGACUUCAAGAAGAAGGAAAUGGAGAAAUCGUCCGACUCCUCCGUUAA